AUGCCCGCUCUCUCCAACCUAAUUCUUCUCGCUCUACCCUUUGUGGCUCUAGGCGCACCACCUCGGCGCCAUGAACACAUUCAGCCACGCGCCACCUACAAGCUCAAAGACCACUACACUGGAAAGGACUUCCUGGAAUGGGACUUUUUCUCUGCGCCAGAUCCAACACACGGCACUGUCAACUAUCUUUCCAAGUCAGAAGCUCAAGCCAAAGGAUUAGCAUAUGUACAGAAAGACGGGACAACCGUGCUUGCUGUCGACAAUAAGACCACGCUGAAGCCAGGGCAGAACCGUGAUUCUGUUCGCAUUAGCUCCCCCAAGUCAUAUAGCACUGGUCUUUUCAUUGCCGACUUUUUCGCCAUGCCACACGGGCCAAGUGUUUGGCCAGCUUACUGGACUGUUGGACCAAACUGGCCCACGGGAGGGGAGGUUGACAUUCUGGAAGGCGUCGGUGAUUCAACUACAAAUCAAAUGACGCUCCAUACGUCUGCGGGAUGCUCAUUAGACACGAAACUCGCUACCUCGUUCACUGGCUCGCACACGAGCACGACCAACUGCAAGAGCGGCGAUGGAAGCAACGAUGGAUGUGGCAUUACUGAUGCGCAGCCCCAUGCUUAUGGCCACGAAUUCAACAUUAUUGCGGGCGGCGUUUUCGCUCACCUUGUCACCUCCUCCGGGAUCAAGAUCUGGCGAUUCCCUCGUACUGCCAUCCCCGCCGAUAUCACAGACGGAAAGCCAAAUCCAGCUUCAUGGGGCAAGCCCGCGGCAUUCUUCUCUUCUGGCACCUGCAACAUUGCCGAGCACUUCAAGGACCAAGUUAUCACCAUCAAUACCUCUAUUUGCGGUGAUUGGGCAGGCAAUGCGUUCCCUGGUGGUCCUUCAGCAUGCGCGGCGGCAGCAGCCGACCCCCAAAACUUUGAACAUGCCCAAUGGAUGCUCAACUACGUUUCGGUAUACGAAUCAUGA